ACAACGAGAGAACAAAAGAAACAGAACAACAAUGGCGAAAUUAAAUCGUUCCAACAUUGGUCUCUCACUGUUACUAUCUUUGUUCCUCGCAAACUUUAUCAUCCAUCUUGAAGCUUCUCAUCAAGAUCUCAACCAACCGUACCGAACCGGUUAUCACUUUCAACCUCCCAGAAAUUGGAUGAACGAUCCUAAUGGACCAAUGAUAUACAAAGGAAUAUACCAUCUUUUUUACCAAUAUAAUCCAUACGGUGCCGUUUGGGAUGUGAGAAUCGUGUGGGGACACUCUACGUCAGUUGACUUAGUCAACUGGAUUUCACAACCUCCAGCUUUUAAUCCAUCUCAGCCGUCAGAUAUCAACGGCUGUUGGUCAGGCUCCGUCACGAUUCUACCAGACGGCAAACCUGUGAUCCUCUACACCGGCAUUGACCAAAACAAAAGUCAAGUUCAAAACGUCGCCGUUCCGGUUAACGUUUCUGAUCCUUAUCUCCGAGAAUGGUCAAAACCGCCGCGAAAUCCUCUUAUGACACCUAACGCGGUUAACGGAAUUAACCCGGACCGGUUCCGAGAUCCGACCACCGCGUGGCUUGGACGUGACGGAGAAUGGCGAGUGAUCGUCGGAAGCUCGAAUGACGAUCGUCGAGGGUUAGCGAUUCUUUACAAAAGCAGAGAUUUCUUCAACUGGACGCAAUCUACGAAUCCUUUGCAUUACGAAGACUUAACCGGAAUGUGGGAAUGUCCUGAUUUUUUCCCGGUUUCAAUAAUCGGAUCAGACGGUGUUGAAACGUCGUCGUUUAGUGAGAAUGGGAUUAAGCAUGUGCUUAAAGUGAGUUUGUUUGAGACAUCGCAUGAUUAUUACACGAUUGGGAGUUAUAAUCGUGAGAAAGAUGUUUACGUACCGGAUCUUGGGUUUGUGCAAAACGGAUCAGCUCCGAGGUUAGAUUACGGGAAAUAUUACGCGUCGAAAACGUUUUACGAUGAUGUUAAGAAACGAAGAAUCUUGUGGGGUUGGGUUAAUGAAUCGUCUCCGGCUAAAGAUGAUAUUAAGAAGGGUUGGUCUGGUCUUCAGUCAUUUCCAAGGAAAAUAUGGCUUGAUGAAUCGGGAAAGCAAUUGCUACAAUGGCCAAUUGAAGAGAUUGAGACAUUGCGUGGGACACAAGUCAACUGGCACAACCAAGUUCUCAAAGCAGGAUCUACUCUCCAAGUUCAUGGUGUUACUGCUGCACAGGCAGAUGUUGAGGUAUCGUUCAAGGUGAAGGAAUUGGAAAAAGCGGAUGUGAUUGAACCGAGUUGGGCUGACCCACAAAAGAUUUGUAGUGAGGGAGAUUUGUCGGUUAAAUCCGGUUUUGGACCAUUUGGUUUGAUGGUUUUGGCAUCCAAUGACAUGGAAGAGUACACGUCCGUUUACUUCAGAAUCUUCAAGUCAAAUGACGAUACUAAUAAUAAUAAUAAGUACGUGGUGUUGAUGUGCAGUGACCAAAGCAGAUCAUCGUUGAAUGAGGAAAAUGAUAAAUCAACGUUUGGUGCUUUUGUGGCGAUAGACCCUUCUCACCAAACAAUUUCUCUUAGGACUUUGAUUGAUCACUCGAUAGUGGAGAGUUAUGGUGGAGGAGGCGGAACUUGUAUAACCUCAAGAGUGUAUCCAAAAUUAGCAAUUGGAGAAAAUGCAAAUCUUUUUGCCUUCAACAAAGGAACUCAAAGUGUUGAUGUAUUGAGCCUAAGUGCUUGGAGCUUGAAGUCUGCUCAAAUCAAUGACGAGUCAAUGUCACCAUUUAUUGAGCAAGCGUCGAGGUCGAAGAAGAAGAAAGCAACGAAGAAGACGAAGAUGGCGAUCAUGAUUCGAAUCUACGGCACUCUCUUACUCUCUUUCUUAUUCUUCUUCUCCACUCUUCACGCUUUCUAUCUUCCCGGUGUCGCUCCUCGCGAUUUUCAAAAGGGUGAUCCUCUAUAUGUCAAAGUGAACAAAUUAUCGUCUACAAAGACUCAGCUUCCUUAUGAUUUCUACUACCUGAAUUACUGUAAGCCUCCUAAGAUCUUGAAUACCGGCGAAAAUUUGGGGGAGGUUCUUAGAGGAGAUCGCAUUGAGAAUUCGGUUUAUACUUUUGAAAUGUUGGAGGAUCAGCCCUGUAGAGUAGGUUGCCGUGUUAGAGUCGAUGCUGAAUCUGCUAAAAAUUUCAGGGAAAAGAUUGAUGAUGAAUACCGAGCUAAUAUGAUUCUUGAUAAUCUUCCGGUAGCUGUUCUUAGACAAAGAAAAGAUGGAAUUCAGUCGACGACUUAUGAACAUGGUUUCCGUGUUGGCUUCAAAGGGAGUUAUGAAGGGAGUAAAGAGAAAAAAUACUUUAUCCAUAACCACUUGAGUUUCCGAGUCAUGUACCACAGAGAUCAAGAGUCUGAUUCUUCUCGCAUUGUUGGUUUUGAGGUUACGCCUAACAGUGUAUUGCAUGAGUACAAAGAUUGGGAUGAAAAUAAUCCUCAGUUAACAACAUGCAACAAAGACACAAAGAAUCUGAUCCAAAGCAACACUGUUCCUCAAGAAGUUGAGGAAGGAAAAGAAAUUGUGUUUACAUAUGAUGUCGCCUUUAAGGAGAGUGAAAUCAAAUGGGCUUCUCGAUGGGACACGUAUUUGCUAAUGAACGAUGAUCAAAUCCACUGGUUUUCAAUCAUAAACUCGCUUAUGAUUGUCCUUUUCCUCUCUGGAAUGGUAGCGAUGAUCAUGAUGAGAACUUUAUACAAGGAUAUUUCAAACUACAAUCAGCUCGAGACCCAAGACGAGGCUCAGGAAGAAACAGGAUGGAAACUUGUACAUGGAGAUGUCUUUAGGACGCCCAUGAACUCUGGGUUACUGUGUGUUUAUGUCGGCACAGGUGUUCAGAUUUUUGGUAUGACUCUUGUGACAAUGAUGUUUGCAUUGCUGGGCUUCUUAUCUCCAUCCAACAGAGGAGGGCUCAUGACUGCCAUGGUUCUCUUAUGGGUAUUCAUGGGCAUAUUUGCUGGUUACUCAUCUUCUCGUCUUCACAAAAUGUUCAAAGGGAAUGAGUGGAAAAGAAUCACCUUGAAGACUGCAUUCAUGUUUCCCGGUAUACUCUUCGCGAUCUUCUUCGUUCUCAACACACUCAUAUGGGGAGAACGAUCAUCCGGAGCCAUUCCCUUUGGUACAAUGUUUGCUCUUGUCUGUCUCUGGUUUGGAAUCUCUGUCCCACUAGUCUUCAUAGGUAGCUAUCUCGGUCACAAAAAAUCAGCAAUCGAAGAUCCGGUCAAAACUAACAAGAUCCCGAGACAAGUACCAGAGCAACCUUGGUACAUGAAACCUGUUUUUUCCAUACUAAUUGGAGGAAUCCUUCCUUUCGGAGCGGUCUUCAUUGAGCUCUUCUUCAUCCUAACAUCAAUCUGGCUCAACCAAUUCUACUACAUCUUCGGAUUCCUCUUCAUCGUGUUCUUGAUCUUGAUCGUGACCUGCGCAGAGAUCACAAUUGUCCUCUGCUACUUUCAGCUCUGCAGUGAAGACUACAAUUGGUGGUGGAGAGCUUACCUCACAUCAGGCUCAUCCUCACUUUACCUCUUCCUUUACUCGGUCUUCUACUUCUUCACAAAGCUUGAGAUCUCAAAACUUGUCUCAGGACUGCUCUACUUCGGGUACAUGAUCAUUAUCUCUUACUCGUUUUUCGUGCUAACCGGCUCAAUCGGUUUCUACGCAUGUUUAUGGUUCGUUAGAAAGAUCUACUCCUCUGUGAAGAUUGACUGAGAUUGGACAAAAUGACAUAACUUUUGAUGCCUCUUGAGGUUUUGUUGGGUGGUUUAGUCGUAGUUGAAACAAAAAAUUUACCAAACU